UACAAGUGCUGUGAAGUUUCUAGGGGAGGGUAAGAUGUCCAAGUGAUUCCAGUUGGUUGACGGAAAGUACCAUUAAUCAACCACUGGAAUCUUGAUGGAGACGGUAAGAUCUCUCCCACUGCCAUCUCACAGCCCUGCAGCUAGCAGUCCGAGAGUCAACACAAUGCCAUCCAGUUAUGGACAGACUCCGGCCAGGCUGCCCUCUCAACCUACUUCGGGACCAUUACCAAUUGCUCACAUUGGAAGACCUCCUGUUCGUCCAAUUCUUGAUGGGUCACCAUACAAGAUGAGGUCAUUGCCUGUGGCAGCUGGAGGAAACAGUGGCUUGAGCCUGGUGCCAUCAGCUCAUUUAUUGCAAACGAGUCACGUGGGUCCUGCCACCGAGCCUGUUACGCCUCCUCCACCUCAGGUUUCGCACUCGAAUUUGUCGCAGGUGGCCCGUGCACAUCCUUAUGCUGCAGCCUUGCCUGCAGCCCCACUGCCGCCCAACAGCAGCGCCAUGGAACGAUAUUCUUCGGGCCAGUCAUCGAUGCCUUCAUCAUCGGGCGUCUAUUCCAGCUCGCCCACCUACAGCCGUGCCGAACCCGCUGUUUUCCCUCUGCGGUCGCCACCCGAUCGCUCUGGCGAAUUCCGUCGACGUCUGACACUUUUACCAUAUUCCGGUCUGUCGCCAAUGGACUAUGGCGGAGGUCCUCCUAGCUUAAGUGGACCUGGUCCAGGAGGCGGUAGUGGUGGUGGACUUAUCGGUAGUGCUCCUAUAGGAGUUGGUAGUGGGGGAAACAGCGGUCGACAUCAUCCCCUACCUGGCCAUCCUUCUCAAAUGGCAUAUUCAACAGCUCCGAUGGAUGCAUAUCGCGAACCGUUGAUGUUACCAUUAGCCCCAGCCGUGGCCAGCGCGAACGAAUCUGCGCACAAAAAGCUGCGCAUCAGCGAUGGCGAGCCUCUGUUGAUGAAAGCCACUUUGGCCCAGCCAUUGCGAAUCGACACGCGGCCCAUCGCGGCUGUGGCCCCCUCAAACACAGGCCCCCCUGUCUUACCAAUGCACCGCGAAUCCCAGCCAGCGUACAUCCCACAGGUUGAAGCCAUCAGCCCAACUCUUCCGGGCGAUGGCGAAGAUCCGCUCAAGAGGGAUGAUUCCCCGUUACGUUCCACCAAAGACGAGCUCUUGAAGCAAAUCACCAAGGUUGAUGGCGAGAUUGCAAAGGUGGAAAACAACAUAACGAAACUCAAAAAGAAACAACAAGAUUUGGAAGAGGCAGCCAAGAAGCCACCGCCAGAACAUGGCGAACUGAGGACCCAGGGUACGGGACCCAAGAACCAGAGCGUUGCUCAGCUCAUUUAUGCCGAGAACCGACGGAAAGCCGCCGAAGCGCACAAGAUGCUUGCGUCGUUGGGACCGGCAAUAGACCUGCCUCUCUAUCACCAGCCGUCCGACACUGCUGUUUACUUGCGCAAUCGUACGCAGUUUUUGGCGUUCCGACCGCGCCUCUUGAAAUUUCUAAGACGGCGCCAAAAGGAGAAGGAGGGCCGUCAUCGCUAUCUUAUGCUGACUUACAACAAAUGGAUGAACGAGUGGGGCAAACGAGUUAGUGACCUUGAAAAGGCCAAUAACGGCCCCUCGGUUGCUGCCACCGGGGCAACUGUUGCUGCACCGACGACUGUUGCAAUUACCACGAGUGGUGGCACCACUUCGACUGCUGCACCAACUGCACCCGUCGUUCCUCCCAACACGGUGUUUGGACGGAAGAAGGAACGCGAGUUCUACGAGAAAGUAUUCCCUGAGUUGCGAAAACAAAGGGAAGAUCGAGAGAGGUUCAGUCGAGUUGGCUCACGAAUCAAAUCAGAUGCUGACUUGGAAGAAAUAAUGGACGGCCUUCAAGAACAAGAGAACGAGGAUAAAAAGAUGAGAUCAUUAGCCGUUGUACCGCCUGUCCUGCUGGACUCUCGGGAACGACGGUUAUGCUUUGACAAUCGAAACGGCUUGGUUGAAGAUCCGAUGGCCGAAUACCGUGAACGACCUUUACUCAACGUUUGGACUGAACAGGAAAAAGAGAUUUUCAAGGAGAAGUACCUUCUACAUCCUAAGAAUUUUGGGACGACUGCUUCUUACCUAGAGCGCAAAUCGGUUGCCGAUUGCGUCCAGUUCUAUUACCUCUCGAAAAAGACGGUCAACUAUAAGCAACUUCUUCGUAAAACGAAGAUGAAGCGAAACACAAGAGCUAUGCAGAAGCCAAAUGCUGCUGCGGCCGCUGCUGCAGCGGCAGCGGCAGCCGCCGCAGCUGCCGCCGCCGCUGCCGCACAGAAUCAAAGCCAAUCGAUAAGCGAUGCGCCUGGUUCUGGUGUAACGACACGCCUUCAACGAGAACAAUUGAUGCGUCAGGAAGCGAUCACCACUACGUCCUCGUUUAGCCAAUCGACUGCCAGUACCACCUCUACAACGUCUCUGUCAAUUACCAGUACGCCAACAGUUAGCACUUCAUUGGCAAUACCUGAGGCAACAGUCGUAUCUUCAAUAGCAAGCUCAAGCACUCCAGCACAGCCAGAGCCUGCACCAACUGCCGCGAUCGAACCGCCUUCUUACAAUAACAAAAGCCCGAAAGAGGAAAACAGCUCAGAUAACACUGAAGAUGACGACGAUGACGAGGAGGAAGAAAAUGGUUCUACAGCUGUUAGUGUGAGUGGCACUGGAGGACCUCACCCGUGUGUGGUGUGUAAAGCCGUAUUGGAGCACUAUGGACAGAGCAGGCCCCUGCCCAAACACCAAGCUUCCCAAUAUGGACUAGCGGAAGCAGAUGUCAGUACCGAAGCUAGAGUUUGUAGCGCCUGUCGGUGUCGUGUGGUGCGACGACGUAUCGUUCAGUGCCCGUUGCCUACUUGCCCAACUGCUAAAAGACGAGUGAAACGUUUGCGUCCGUUGCCCAAUAAAUGGAAUGAAAUACCUGCGGAGAUCAGGAACGCGUUAGAGACCGAAUUUCAGAUUGGACAAGACAUGACCAAAUGCUGUUCUACAUGUUGCAAUCGAAUCAACCGGAAAUUGGCUGCGCUCACCGGACAGACACCUUCCGGCCUUGCAGAAGGCUCUUCUGCCGCCAUAUCUGAUUCGGUUCAAGAAGAAACUGUUCCAAUCAAAGCCGAAGAAAAUAGCACACCCAUAGGUCCUCCACCAGUAGGCAAUGCUGCUGUGUCGGAUGGAAAGCCGGAAGUGCCUCCGACCAGGGAAGAAUGUCCAGUCGGGGAGGAAAAAGCAGUUCGGCCAGAACCGCAACUCUUGCCUCCCCAUCCGUUGACCAUGGUAGAGCCACGGCCGGUGGCCAGAGUUGUACAACCAAUUGGAGCGGACAAUUCAGAAACAGACAGUGCUGAUGAAAUGGGAGCCAGUCAGAAUGCUGCGGCAGAAGCCCAAGCCAACAACAACAGCUUGCACCCCACUGUCCAUCGGAGUAACGGCAAUGUCGGACAGGAGGCGUUGACCGUUCGAGAUUUAGUGUCGGGUGUCAUUGAGAGUCAGUUGAAGCGAACUGAUCCCCAUAACAUGUCCGCACCGAUGGGAGUCGGCUCGCCAGUUUAUCCACCGGGACCAUCGGAAUCGCCAACGAUCACGUCCAUUCUGAAGGAUUCUCAGCGCAACUACACCGUUGGUAGGAGUAGCGCCCCGUUAACAGUUGUCACAAACACGGCGUCCACUCAGUCACCACGUUUGAUGAUGUCCCAACCUCACGAGCCUCAUGCAGGGCGAAGGUCGUCUCCGUACCCUCCUCCCACAGUCAUGGGACUGUCUCAUCCCGGCAAAGCCCCUCCCGGCCCGAAUGAUGAGUACAGCGCCAGCCUUCCGCGCGAAGGUUUGGCAUUCCAUCAAGUACAACAGACGAUGCGUGACUAUGAACGUGAACGAGCACGUGUGAAUCGCGACGUCGAGGGUCAAACUCUAGACUUAUCGAUGCCUAAAAAACGUGAUAAUAAGGAUACGUCGUUGCCGUUGAAUCAGUCUGCGCAAGGGCAACCCUAUGGUCACUCGACGUCACCUUAUGCUCCUCCUCCGCUAGCUCACUCGAAAACGAGCAAAGAACAACAGCAGCAACAACAACAACAACAACAACAGCAACAACAUCAGCAACAACAUCAGCAACAACAACAGCAACAACAAGAUUACCGGGUCCCUCCUGGCUCAGCCGUUAUCGAUCCCAUGGCUGCUUAUUCAGCGGGAAUGAGAGCUCCAGCUCCUUAUCCGCCUAGAUCAACUCCGCCUGCUCAAAACUCAUCACGACCACCGAGUGGUUCGAUCAUGCAGGGCACUCCGCUUUCAAUCUCAUCGCCGUCAACAAAUUCCUUACCUGUUCAGUUGCAACUACCGAGAACGGACGGUUUGAUACGUCCUACGGUUCAAGGUCGUGAUUCUUUGGGUGGUUCCAUUACACAGGGCACACCCAUCGCCGCGAAGGACUUGGACACCAGACCUGGUUUGCCGCCGACUGGACCUCAUUCAUCUCAUCCUGCGUAUGAAUCAUACUAUAGAGGUCUGCCGCAGCAACAACAGCAACAGCAGCAGCAGCAGCAGCAGCCACCGGGUCCGCCUAUGCGACUUCCAUACCAGCCGGACCCGCAAUCUUAUUUGAGACAAUCGAUUUUGAGUAACGAUUAUCUUUUGUCGCAACAAAUGGCCGAGCGAAACAGUGCAGGCAGAAGAGAUCGAGAUCUGUUAGGUGGACCGUUACAACCUCAAAUGCCUGUCAACACGAGACCGAAUGAUCGGCAACCCCCACCGCCGCCCUCUCAUCCAGCCUAUCAGCAUAGACCUCCUUCACCCAUGUAUGUGCAGAAGCAUCCGUCGUACGGCAUGGAGCCGCACCACGGUUACCCGUCGAACACGAAUAGUGGUAACAUUGCACCCCAACUGCAGCAACAUCAAAGCCUUUCGCAUCAGCACCCGCAAUCAUCUCAACCUCCUCAACAGAGGCAAGGGGUCAUUCAGCGAAACUCGUCCGUACCUUCGGCGCGCCAACCUGAUCCGAGACCAUCACCGCCUGCCUCCAGCCCACUGCAACAACAAAGCACUCAAGUUAGGACGUCUUCCCCGGGUGGAUUGUUGUCAAUGGGUGCCGGUGGAGUGGGAGGUCACCUCCAUCCCAAUAGUCGGCCAAAUUCGACUGCAGGUGGUGCCCCGCCGGUGUCUAUUUCUCCAAGGGGUGAUCCCAUUUACGUCCAUGACGCAUUUGCGUCGUUGGUUAAUGCCGCCGCUGCUCAACCGAGCCUACCUGUUCCGGAUCGGGAUCGAAGAGAUCGUGAGAGGGAGAAGGAGAGAGAUCCUAGGGGUCAUCUACAGUCUUUGCCGAUCUCCAGAUCAAUGCAUCCAGAUAGAAGAGAAGAAGUUAUGGAGCGCACCAUGGCCUAUCAAAGAGAAUCGCCCAAGAUUGCCAGCGCCCCUCCAGGUCAAACCGGUGCCGGCGCUGCAGCAGUGGGUGAUGCGACGCUGACGGCCGCCUCUUUAAUCGAUGCCAUCAUUACCCACCAGAUAAACCAAUCUUCAAAUCCAAGUGAACUGGGGUCUGUUGUCACCAAUUCCAAAGCCAGCAAUGAAAGCUACUUCAAUCGAUAUAGGAGGAACGCUAGUCCUGUAGAUACUCGCGGUACUACUUUAGACCCCCGUGCCGGCCACAAGGAGCAACAACGCCAUGAAGAUCCGCCUCCUCCUUCUGGGCUGCCAUCCCAACAACGUCCGCCCUCGUCGUCUCCUUCAUUGCCCCCUCCAGCAUCUGGAUCUUCAAGCAAAGCUGCCUUUACUCUAGGGGAACACAUUGAAUCUAUCAUUGCCAAGGAUUUUCAUCAAGGCACUGGAGGAGGAGGAGGAGGAGGAAUGCCAGUGCCCGCCGAACAAGAUUGGCACCCAGAUUGGCAAAGACGCCAAGCGGAGUAUUCCAAGUCCCGUAUGGCAGCUCCCGAGUCGUUGAUGAACGAUUACGCUAAGAAUCGAGCCGCCCUCGACUAUGCUGCCAAAUGUCGCGCUGGAGAAGGCCAGCAGAUGCAAGAAUAUGGACUACCUAAAAGCGGCGGUGGAGGAGGUGAAGCUGAAACUCGUCAACCUGCCAUUUCCCCGCUCGAUUACGUCAAGAAGAAGAUUGUCGAAGUGAUGCGAACCUCUUCGGACGGUGGCGUUCCAGCUGGAGGAGGGGGCAGCGCUAAUCACGAAAUGGCGCCUCCAAGUUCACCGGCUCGGCGCGGCAUUAGUCCUGCUCCAUCCCCUAACAAAAGACCACGAAUGAAUGAAGAUGAGAGAGGUGGACCGUCUCCAGUUGUACCACAUUACAUGUCUACCCCGUACCCUUCCAUGGGAUAUCCGUACACUAUACCGCCCAAUGUCCCUAUGAGCAGUAGUGCUCCAACUGCCGUCACCUCCGCAUCGGCCAGUUCCACCGGCAACCAAACAACGGGCCAGCCAGUUGUUUUGUUAUCAUCUCAGUAUGAAGUUCUCUCUGAUGAAGAUUGAAAACGUAACAAGAAAACCAACAGCAAAAAAAAAAAAAAAAAAAUCUAAUAUAAAGCAAGCCCUUUUUUCUUUCCGUGAGCUUUGCCGUUGGCUCCUAGCGGCCAAUACAACGAGCUGGAUGCUGAACAACAG